GCUCGCUCCGGGCGCUGCUGGCCGAGCCGAGCGGAGCCGUGCGAGCCCUUCGGCCGCCGAGCCGCCUCUCCCAUGCGCCUGCCGAGCAUGUCCCAGCCCUUCCUGCUGGCGCCCAUCGCCGAGUGCCCUCCGGGGCCGCCCGGCGCCCAGGUCCGCCUGGCCGUGCUGGGCGCCCGCGGCGUCGGCAAGAGCGCCGUGAUCGUGCGGUUUCUGACCAAGCGCUUCAUCGGUGACUACGAGCCCAACACAGGCAACCUCUACUCCCGGCUGGUCCAUCUGGACGGGGACCACGUUGCCGUACAGAUCCAAGACACGCCGGGAUGCAUCCAGGUGCAGGAAGACUGUGUGCAGGUGCUGGACUCCCUGUCCAGGUGUGUGAAGUGGGCAGAGGGCUUCCUGCUGGUCUACUCCAUCACAGACUACAGCAGCUACCAGUCCAUCCAGCCUCUCCACCAGCACAUACGCAAGGUGCACCCCGAUGCCAGGACUCCCAUCAUUAUUGUGGGGAACAAAGCAGACCUCCUCCACGCCAGGCAAGUACAAGCAAAAGAGGGACUACAGCUGGCAAAUGAACUGGGCAGCCUGUUCUUGGAAAUCUCCACCAGUGAGGACUCCCAAGGCGUCUGUGAUGUCUUCCAGUAUCUUUGCAAGGAGGUCAGCAAACUACAGCAUGCCGGCAGCACAGACAGGAGGCGGUCAUCCAUCAUCCCUCGGCCCAAAUCUCCCAACAUGCAAGAUCUAAAGAGACGUUUCAAACAGGCUUUAUCUUCCAAAGUCAAGUAAACCUCCCAAUGAGAUCCUGUGUGACUCAAUAGAAUUUAUUUUUGUAAACUAGUUAAUAAAAAUCUUUAUUUUUAUACUAAUGCCAGCAGUGUAGAAGUAAGUAUGUCAAAGCUCACAAUUUCCUUGCUGUUCUCUCAUUUGACUGGUUGGGUUAUUUUGGGAAAAAAAAAAAAAGCUGCAUAGCAACUAAAUAGAGGUAGCUGGAGAGGGGACUUUUGCCAGGAGGCUUUGAUUCCAUUUCUUUUUUGGGGGGCCUGGAAUUUUCUGUAUUAAGAUACUCAUGUGAUUUUCUUUGGAGGCCUCUAUUUCCUGUUUGUAAAAUGGGAGUGUUAAUGAUGUAAAUCAUUACCUGCCUUUACACAAUACUUGGAAAGCCCUUGGCAGAAAACUUUAUAGGAGACAAAAAAAGGCUCUAUUAAACAUGAAAAUAUAAAAGUGUCUGUAAGAAUUCUGAUUAUAACAGGUCUGCUUUAUUCCCUCAAAGCUGCUGUUUUGCUUGCACCUGUAAUAGCCUGAAUGCUGAUAGGCUGUAGGAAUGAGCUCCAAAUUCUGAUGUGCUUUAGAGAUCUGUUCUACAGAAUCAAUCAUUUGAGCCCCAAGCAUUUAACAAGAGGGUUGAGUUUCUCCUACAGAUUGCUGUGGAACAAAGUGCUGAGCAAUCUGCAGCAGAGGAGUAUGUGGGAUGGCUGUUGCUUUCUCUGGAGAUGUGUCAUAAGAAGGCCUGAAGCUUAGGUUUCCUGGACAGAAAAUAGCUACAUUUAAAGGGAAUCACACCUUUAUCUUCCCCAGAGUAAUUCUGUAGCUAUUUGAAACAGGUCAGACUUUACUCUUACUUCACAUAAACUCUAAACCAUACUAGAAUGGGUUUUAUUAACUGUUUGCUGGUUGUCUGAGCAUGGAAUGUGGGGUUUGCCCUUCCAGUAUGCCUCUGAAUUGUGUAUGUAAGAAAUAAAACUGCUCCAUGCUGAGUAGAAA